CGUGAGCACUCAGCUGUGCUGCUAAACCUCUCCAAAGAUGGCGUCCGGAGCCAGGCUGUGGGGGACUGGGGGACACUAGGAGUGCGGGGUAAUGACACCUCCCUGAGGACCCCCGGGCUGAGGUGAAGCCCACUUGAGACCAUGUGGAAAUGGUAUAAUGCUGAUGGCACCCAGCCUGCUGGAGAUAUUCCUGACAGUCAGGCACAUGCUGGCACCAUGUCGGUUUCAGAUCUGACUGAGCAGCUGGCGCAGACAGAGCAGCUGGUGGUUCAACUGAAAGAACUUAUCCGAGAAAAGGAUAACGAGUUGCGCCUGAAGGAUCAGCAGUUAAAGGAAGAAAAGGAAUCCUCUGAAGCCAAGGUAUCCAAAGCAAAGCUCCAAAAUAAAGCCAAGAUCGCCUCGCUGUCAUCUCAGCUGGAAGAACUGAAGAAGGUAGCGUCGCCCAAAAAGCAGGAAAAGAAAUCUGAGCAUGGAAAGGCUUCUGGAGAUGGGGAGCCGGAGAACGCAUCUGCAAACAGAGGCAAAAUUCUUGUACUAAAAAGACGCGUGGAGGAACUGGAGUCCCAGUUGUCUCUUAAAAAUGAAGAACUCAAGAAAAAGCUGGAGACACAACGUCAGCGAGGCUCUGAGAUGGACGCCAUGCUUGCUGAGAAAGAAAAGAAAUUGGCAGAAAAAGAGGCCUACAUCAUUGAACUUCAAAUAUCUGCUGGAAAAAGUGUCCCUAAGGAGACCGAGAACUCUGCAGACAAUUUAAAGAACCAGAAAGAUUCAGCAAACCAGGACCUCCAGAUUCUGAUCCAGAACCUUACCAGAAAGGUGGGUGAAAGUGAAGAGAGAUGUAGUCUUCUCCAGGAGCAGACCGAGAGCCUAAAAAGCCUUCUCAACAAGGAAAAAAAGGACUUCCAAGAAAAGGAGGCAAUGUACGCAGAAAAUAUACGGGUUUACCAAAACAUGAUCUUGGAAAAGGAGAAAGACAUGAAGGAACUCUCUGAGAAACACGAGCAGGAACUCUUUAAAUUGGCAGCAAAAUCUGACGCCACCGCAGAUCUCCAUCAGUUGCUAAAGGCCUUAAAACAGAAACUGCACGAGGAGGAAGAGGUAUUACUGGGAAAGAACCAAGUGAUUGACGUGCUGCAGAAAGAAUUGGACAACAAGGAUCAGCAGUUUACAGAAAUAAAUGAAAAGUAUAAGCGCGUUCAGUCUGAGAAAGAGAACCUGCAGUCAAAACUAGAUGCUGAGAAGCAUGUGAUGAGGGCACAGCUGAAAGAUAUGAUGGAUAAACACGAAACGGAACUGCGACGACUUUCUGAUAAGCACAGCACUGAGAUACAGGACAUCCAGGAGAAACACGAGGUAGAAAUCCAGGAGAAAAGCCAAACCGUGUUACAAUUACAGAAACAACUUCGAGAUCUGGGGAACAGCAAAGAAAACCAAGUGGAACCCACAGAAGUUGCCUCCCCCGCAGUCGUUAAAUUAAAAGAUGAAGUGAAAUUGAAGACCGAAGAGGCAAGUAAAUCUGAAGCUAAAUUCCUUAAACUGAAGGCAUGGUCAAAGUCCAAAAUCAGACAGUUGGAAGAAGAACUUAAAAUUUCGGAAACUAAAAAUCGCGACCUUGAACUGCUGAAAAAUAAAAUCUUUGAACUUGAAGAGGACAAAAGGAACAUGGAGGACAAGCUGGAGUCUGUAACGGAACUGCAGACACUUAAUGAGCAACUACUGGCGAAACUUGUUAUCUACGAGGAGCAACAGAGAAAGCUCCAAGCAGAUCUUGAGCAAGUUACAAAGAGGGCAGACUCACAGACGAGCGAGUCGGGCAGUGUGGAUGAGUUACAGAGUCAGAUGCUGGAAUGGCAGGACAUGAACAUGGAAACUGAACCAACCCAACAUCAUGACCCAGAAGAAAAGUCUGUUUUAGCCAUGAGGAUGGUGCAGAUCGAAGAGGAAAGAGAAGCCAUGGACUCAGGGCAGCAGGAGCUGGAGGAGGAACUGAGCACAGCCCGCGGGAUGGGCAAACUACGGCAAGCAAGAAGGAAAGUCCGAAGAGGAAGUGCGAAGCUGCAGGACGAAUAUGAGUAUAACAACAAAAGCUUUGAAGAUGAGAAUCUGACUCUUGACAGCAUUGAAUCGGCUGAGGGGGAGAACAUGGGAGGUUGGUGGCCUGAGUACAGUUCUCCUAAUUCAGGUUUACGCACCGUUGUGGAAGAGCUGGAAUUGGAGCGAAACCAACUGCAGGAGCAGAUUAUGGGUUUGGAAGAACGCUGCCAGGAAUUGGAGGACAAACUACAGCUACAGGCUAGAAUAGAGUCCCUCCGGAAUGAAAACGAGCGAUUGCAGACACAGCUUGGACAGUUCCGUCACCAGCAGAGCCGGGAAUCUGAGAAGAGCCAGGAUCUUAUAAUGAACUUGAAUGAGCAAGUCAAAGGUUUAACAGAUAGAAACAUGUUUCUUAAAACCGCAAUUGAGGAAAAGGAUCAGAUAAUGAGGGAAAUGGCGUCAAAACUGGAGCAACUGAAAUUGAUUGAAAAUACUGUACAGCAAAAGGAACUUUUACACAAAGAGAUCUGUGAGAAGCUGGAGCAUAGCGAGCAACAGCGUGAAGAAGCCACAAAGAAACGGACUGAUUCAGAAACUGAACUUUCAGCACUCAAGGUGUCCAACAGUGAACUUACAGAGAAGGUGUCAGCCUUUAAAGAGAUGGUGUCAAGACAAGAAUCAUGUUUGCAGAAGAUGCAGCUGGACCUUGACCAGACAAAUGAGGAGCUUGAUCGACUUAACACAAGUCACUUGGAGGAACGAUCACAGCUAAUUCAUGAUCUACAGCGAUGUGAGAGAGACAUGGACAUCCUGAAGGACGUUUUACAAGAGAAGGACAAGGAAAUGGCAUCCCUCACUGCCAGUCUGACUGAAUACACAGAGCAAAUUUCUGUUUUAAAAGACCAGAUUCAUUUCAAAGAGGAGCAAUUGAGAGAAAUGGCUGACACUCUUGUCAAGGCGGAGAGGGAAAGUCACAUUUUACGAGAAACGCAAAGCUCAGAUAUGCAAGAAACAAGUGCCAAAAUGUCCUCCCUCAGUGAGCAACUGAAUGAAAUAAACAUGGAAUUGACGAACGUGAAAUCUCUAAAUGAAUGUAAGACUAAGGAGGCAGAUGAGUUAAUUAGACAAAUCAGUGAGAACAAUAUAACAAUUAAAAACCUUCGUUUAGAGCUUCAGGCGCAGUCCGUUACACACAAUAAUCAUGUUACAGAGUGUUCAUCCCAAAUUACAUCAUUAAAGGAACAGCUUAAUGCAUCUGUUGCAAAACUCGACGAGACGGAAAUGAAAUAUAGAAAGGAAAUUGAAAACUUGAAGUCGCAAUUAGAGAAAGACAGCUCUGAACGAGAGACAAUAGCAGGUUUGUUGGAAGAAAAAAGCAAUAAAGAAAAGUGUUUUGAAAAUGAAUUGAAGUUGGCCAAAGAACAAUACAACAAACUAAUUUCUGGAAUAUCGAAAAAAGAUGAAGAAAUCGAAAAACUGUCAAAAGAAGUAGCGGAACAAAAGGAGCAUUGUGAGAAGUUAAACCGAGAACUGCAAACCAAAGAGGAACAUUUAUCAUCUUUACAACAAACCUCGGAAAAUGUUUUACGGGACAGUGAGGAGAAGCUGAAAACCCUGCAGGAGAAGAACCAAGAAUUUCAGAGCCAACUUUGCGAGAAAAAUGAAAUGAUUCAUACGUUUGAGGCAGAGAAAAAUGAGCUCUAUGCAAAAUAUACAGGUCUAGAACGGACUCUCGCAGCAAGAGAUCAAACCUUAAGUGCCCAGUUAAAUUCGGUUGAGGAAUUAAAAAGAAAAGUUGAAGAACUGGAGAACCACAACAAAGGUUUGUGUAGCCAGCAAGAACAUGUAGCGGAGACACUGCAUCAGAAAGAGUCAGAGGUGUUCUCUUUGAACCAGACACUACUAGAUCUUCAAAAUAAAGUGACUCACACAGAGAAGUUACUGACUGACGAGCAGACAACCGUGUCUAAGCUCCUCGCUGAUAAAGAUGAAUUGCUGGCUAAAGUGGAUAGUAUUUCUGCCCAAUGUGUGCUGAAUGACAGUGUUGUUGCUGCACAAUUAGAGGAGAAAGCAAAGGAGUGCCUUAGUGUAAAGGAACAGUUAAUAAAAGAGCAGGAAUUGUCUCAGAGGAUGGAAACCCAGGUACGUUCUUUAGAGAAGGAGCUAAAGGAAGCACAGAGGUUUGUAGAGGAGAAAGAUGAUGCACUUCAAGCAAAGAUGUCUGAAUGUAACUUUGUUUGUGAGGCUCUCACCCAGAACCAAGAGAAAAAUAUGCAGCUUUUAAAGCAAGUUGAAGAACUGAAUCGAGAUAUAGAAAGCAGAAAGCUCGCUUUACACGAAAAGGAUGUUUUCAUUAACAUGCAGCGUGUAGAAACCGAGGCGGCAAAAAACAACUUUGAGAAGUUACAAAGUGAAGAACAAGAACUGAGAGAGAAAUAUGUAAAUGUUUCAAAGAACUUGGAACAGUUGAAUGUUACAAUUCAAAUGCUGCAACAGGAGCUUUGUCAUAAAACCGAAGAAAAUGCUACAUUAAGCACAAUUGCAGAAAACCGUAGUAAAGAAAUCGAGAAAUUAAGAAUAGAAAAAGAUGAGGCAUUGAUCUCCUUGUCUAAUACGAAAACCCGUUGUGAGAGCCUCCAAUCACAAGUAGAUAAGACCCAAUCCAAGGCGUAUUCAUUAAAGCAACAGUUAGACACCUUACAGCUAGAAAAUGAAAAGCUCGGUUCCAAUCUUGAGGUGACCAGUACAGCUUUGGCUAAGAAGACUGAAGAAAUCACUCUUUUGAGUUUGCAUUUAUCUCAGCAGGGUCACACAAUUCUCUCUUUGAACGAUCAAAUCGAUACCAUACGUAUGGAGAAGCAAGCACUUUUCCAUAGUGUGGAAGAAAAAGACGCCCUUCUUUUUCAGAAGGAAGAGUUGAUUAAACAAACAGAGAAGCAGUUAGAAGGUGAAGGCCAUUACCUACAGCAGAUUUCCAAGCUCCAGAAUGAGUUACAAAGCGCUAUCUCUGAGCGUACAUUGCAGCAGCAGACAACCGAAGAGCAAGAGGCACAGUUGAAGAAGCUUGUUCAAGAAGUGAAACUAUACAAAGACAAAAGUGAGGAAGCAGAGUUGCUUCGAACUCAGUUGUCUGACCAUAUGGAGGUCAUUUCUAACCUUCAUUCUCAGAUCCAAAAUCUCAGGGAUAAUAUUGAAGAAUUAAACGUCACUUUAACAAAGAAAGAGGACUCCCUUAAAGAGAAAGAUGGUAGUUAUAUGAAAUUAAAGGCUCGGCUUGCCGGAGUUAAGAAUUCUCUAGGACAGCAAAAAAGUCAGGUUGAAAACUUGAUAUCGGAAAACAACCAGUAUAAGGCGGAUCUGUUGGAAAAGGAUGGGACGUUGAAAAAUUCAUUGUUGGCGUACGAAGACCUGAAACAAAAAUUUCAGAAUAAAGAGAAGCAAUGUGAAACCUUAAUACAACAAGCAGCCUCCAUAGAAGAAAUAAAUAGCCGUCAAACUCGUGAGAUAAAUGAAUUAAAAACAUUGAUUAGGGAAACGGAAACCUCGCUUUUAAAUAAGGAAGCUUUGAUAAAAUCCCAAUUAGAAGAGAAAAUUGCACUUUUGCAUAGUGUGGAAGAGAAAGACACCCUUCUUUUUCAGAAGGAAGAGCUGAUUAAACAAACAGAGAAACGGUUAGAAGGGGAAGGCUAUUACCUACAGCAGAUUUCCAAGCUCCAGAAUGAGUUACAAGGCGCGAUCUCUGAGCGUACAUUGCAGCAGCAGACAACCGAAGAGCAAGAGGCACAGUUGAAGAAGCUUGUUCAAGAAGUGAAACUAUACAAAGACAAAAGCGAGGAAGCAGAGUUGCUUCGAACUCAGUUCUCUGACCAUAUGGAGGUCAUUUCUAACCUUCAUUCUCAGAUCCAAAAUCUCAGGGAUAAUAUAGAAGAAUUAAACGUCACUUUAACAAAGAAAGAGGACUCCCUUAAAGAGAAAGAUGGUAGUUAUAUGAAAUUAAAGGCUCGGCUUGCUGGAGUUAAGAAUUCUAUAAAAGAGCAAAAAGGUCAGGUUGAAAACUUGAUAUCGGAAAACAACCAGUAUAAGGCGGAUCUGUUGGAAAAGGAUAGGACGUUGAAAAAUUCAUUGUUGGCGUACGAAGACCUGAAACAAAAAUUUCAGAAUAAAGAGGAGCAAUGUGAAACCUUAAUACAACAGGCAGCCUUCAUAGAAGAAAUAAAUAGCCGUCAAACUCGUGAGAUAAAUGAAUUAAAAACAUUGAUUAGGGAAACGGAAACCUCGCUUUUAAAUAAGGAAGCUUUGAUAAAAUCCCAAUUAGAAGAGAAAAUUGCACUUUUGCAUAGUGUGGAAGAGAAAGACACCCUUCUUUUUCAGAAGGAAGAGCUGAUUAAACAAACAGAGAAGCAGUUAGAAGGGGAAGGCAAUUACCUACAGCAGAUUUCCAAGCUCCAGAAUGAGUUACAAAGCGCUAUCUCUGAGCGUACAUUGCAGCAGCAGACAACCGAAGAGCAAGAGGCACAGUUGAAGAAGCUUGUUCAAGAAGUGAAACUAUACAAAGACAAAAGCGAGGAAGCAGAGUUGCUUCGAACUCAGUUGUCUGACCUGAAACUAAAGUUUCAAAAUAAAGAAGAGCAAUGUGAAACCUUAAUACAACAGGCAGCCUCCAUAGAAGAAUUAAAUAGCAGUCAAACUCAUGAGAUAAAUGAAUUAAAAACAUUGAUUAAAGAAAGCGAAACCUCCCUAUUAAAUAAAGAAGUUUUGAUAAAGUCCCAAUUAGAAGAGAAAAGCACAUUGGUUUCCAGUCUCCAGGCUAGAGUGACGGAACUCUCUAAUAAAUUAAAAGAUCUUGAGCAGUUGUGUACAGACCAGGACAACACAAUACAAAAUCUGCAAGAAAAGUACGCAACGAUGUACGAACAAAAACGUGCACUUGAACUGUCACUUGUCAACAAGGAGGAAGAAAUUGCUGAAAUGCAUAAGGUUUCAGAUGAAAAAGAUGCUCGUCUUCAAGCAACCGACCAUAAUGUACAAGCACUUACUAAUGAAAGUAAUCGUCUGAGAGAGGAACUUGACAGAAGUGCCACUAACUUCAAAAAUCUAUCUGAUGCUCUGAAUGAGAACGCAGAUUCAAUGACUCAAAGUCAACAUUCAGUAAAACUUCUAAAGACUGAACUAGAAUCGCUGAACACGGAAUACCAGAGGUCUCUAACUCAUCUUCGUGAAUUAACUCAGGAGAAGGAGCAGAAAGAAUUGGUAAUCCUAAAUCUUCAGGAAACCUGCAGCUCUCAAAGCCAUCAAAUUGAAAACCUGAAGACUGAGGUAGAGAAUUUGAAUUCCUCAUGUUUACAAGUUAAGAGUAAUGCAGCACUACAAAAUGAACAGCUUCAGUUGCAAUGUGAGUCCUUGAAGUGCGAAUUUGAAAAAGAUUUCAAAGCUUUACAGGAGGAAAAGGCAUCAUCCUUGUCUAGUCUCCAAAAACAGUUAACGGAAAAGACAGAACUUGUUGAAGAUCUUAAAGAACAAUUUGCCCACCAUGCUCGAGAGUCUGAAGCACAAAUGCACUCUGAAGCCCUUCAAAUGAAGAACGAAAAUCAUGAUCUUCGUAAGCAGGUUAGUGGACAUGUUGAAGAGAUCUGUGCUUUGAAAGGGAAAAUAGAAAUUCUAGAUCGCAAUAUUGCUGAACUGCAGCACAAAUCAGAAAGUGUUAACGAGCAAAAUAUCAGUCUAGCAAACAAAAUACAAAGUAAGGAGAAUGCGCUACAGGUUUUGAUUAAAGACCUACGUUUUGUAGAAGAGCAGUUAAGUGUGUUGUGUAGUGAGAGUUUCACAGAAUAUUCUUCCCUUGACGAUCAGUCUGAAUACGAAAGCAAACUAGAGAAGCUUUCGUCAAUGCUUUGUGUAGUUUCAAACUACAAAGCCAGCAUGGCAGAGUUACAGUUAAAACUUGAAGAGAAAGAUCGGGAGAUUGGUGAAAAGUCUCAUUCGUUGCUAGCACUCGGGAAAGAAAGAGACCUUUUGCAAGUUGAUCUUCAAAAGCUGAAAGCAGAAAUAUCAACAAGAGACACUUUAAUGGAAGAAUUAACACCUCUCAAAGUUGCAAACGAUCUUCAGCGUUGUGCCUUGCAAGAAAAAGAUGAAAGGUUAGAAAAUUUGAGCAUGCUUAUCACUGAGCUCCAGAAGGAAGUAGCUUUGUCAAAGAACGAGAUCCAGAAAAAGCACCUGGUGCUAGACGAAGAGAGUCGUAAGGUUCUUGAACUAACUGAGGAUGCCAAGAAAACAGAUUUGCAGGUACAAACUCUAAAUGUACAGCUAAAUCAUCAGAAAGAGCUAAUCACUGCCCUCAGUGAGCAGAUGAAGGAAAAGGAUGCAUCUCUUAUGCAGGUGAUGGAAUCUAUGUCUAAUGAAAUGGUUAGGUUUUCUGAGGAGAAAAACAGAUUGCACUUGGAAUGUCAGAAUCUGCAGUCUUCUAAUAGUUCCUUUGUAUUAAGAAUAGAGGAGCUGUUGGAGAAUCUGGAAGCUUCUAAAAUUGAACUAGACCUUUCUCAAAAAACACUGGCCGACAAGGAGAAUCUGUUAAGCACCUUAGCAAGUGAGAAAGCAAACCAGUUGGAGAAGUUUAGUAAAGAAAAGGAAAAUCUGAAAAGGAAGCUGCAGGCAGCGCUAGCUGUCAGAAAAGAUUUAAUGCACAAAAUUGAGAAACUGGAAAAGGAUAAAGAAGAUGACCUUUCCAGAGAACAACAUAAAAAGGUAGAAUUGGAGAAAAUGGUUGAGGAGUUGAAUUGUAAAUUAGAAACCAUGCAGAGUCAAAACUCAGAGCUCAAGUCAUUUGUCCAACUUAAUAAGCAAGAGCUUCAAGAAAGCGAUGUAAAGGUGUGUGAGUUGGGCAGAGUUAUUACUGAAAAGGAAGCUCAACUGGAAGAGCUUCUCAAGAAGGUACUUGAUUUGCAAGACACAAUCUCUCAGAAAGAAAAUAUGUGUGCAGAAUAUUCAAAAAUAAUUCUUGAGAAAGAACUUUACAUCACUAAAAUCCAAAAUUCCUUGGACCAAAAUCUAAAAUGUUUAGAAAAGGAAAGUCUGGAUGUGCUUGAAAAUCUCAAUUCUCAUCUCGACAUCACACCCAACAGAGUAGACAUCCAUCCAGAAGAGAAAGUUACAUCUGUCCCCAGUCUGAUUAAUAAUUCUGCUCAAGUAGAUCAUGUAAACUUGAAUCUGAAAAAUGGCGUGGGUAUUGUUUCCAAAUCUUUAUUCCAAAGCACAGAGAGUGUUGAUGCUACAAAUAAAGAUGAACAUCCAAUUGAUCUGGAAGAUCUUCGUAGCCGUGUUCAGGAAUUCGAACUCCUGAAAAUGGAGUAUGCAGAUUUACAAAAUAUUCACAAAGCUAAAUGCAAAGAGAAUGAACAGAUUACACUACAAAUUCACUCACUACAACUGCAAACACAGGAUCUCGAAGAGCAUCUUCUUGAAAACAGAAUGCAGAUGAGCGACAAAGAGCUUAAAUUAGAAGACCAGAGACAGAAACUUGAAGACCUCUCCCAGGAGAUGCAGAAAAUGGAGCAGUAUGAAAACAUUAUCUUUGAACUGAAGACAAGUGUACACAAUAAGGAUGACGAGCUUCUCCAUUUAAACUCUCAGUAUGUACAAUUGUUAAAUGAAAGCCGCUUGUUAAAGGAUGAAAUGCAAAAACUGUCUUCUGAGCUAGUAGGAAAACAUGAAGAGAUCUGUGGCAUGAAACGUGUCUUGAGCCAACUGGAUCAAUACAAAGUGGAAAAGGAAACUUUAACAACCGAGAUAACUCAGUUGCAGAAUAAAGUUGAGGCAUCUAGAACAGAAGUUGAAACACUAGAACGAACUGUUGAAAAGUUAAUCUUCGAAAAUGAUGAGUAUUUAGAACUCUGCAGGGUGAAUAAAUGUGAAAUUGAGAAACUGAAGCUAGACAUUGAAUUGUCUAAUAUUGCAUUACUGGAAAAAGGUGAAGAACUUGCAACUUUGAAGGAUUUGUUUGAGACACAGAGAAUACCCUCUGAGGAAGAAAUUAACUUGUUGUGUAGCAAGCUCAAAGACUCUCAAGAGGAAGGCAACCAGCUCCAGAUAUCACUCAGUCAAGCCAGAAAAGAACUAGAAGAAAAUGCUAAAAAUCUUGAAAAAGCUCAUGCUGAGCUACUAUGUCUCAAAACAAACACAACACGUUCCACCAAAGAAGAAGAUAGGUUAACACAGCAGGCAAAUGUUCAACGGUUAAAUCAGAAAAGUGUCGAUAUUGGUCAAGGGUUGCCUGAAAUUAGAGCAGAAAAUAUCCAGAGUGGAGAUGAUCAUAAUAAAACUGUGUGUGACGCUUGUUCCAGAAAACAAGUUUUGGUUGAAGAACUUGAAAGCAAAAUUCUGCAGAUUACCAAAGAAAAGGCUAGUUUGAUUGAAAAACAAGACAAGAAAUUUGCUGAAGAAUGUAGUGCCAAGGAUCAGGUCCAAAGAAAGUUGCAGGCAGCAUUAAUAUCGCGUAAAGAUUUACUCAAAGAAAACAAAUCCCUGAAAGAGAAAAUAAAUUCCUUAAAUUUAGAAGUGGAUGAACUUAAACGGUCAGUUGCUGGCAUAUGUGAAAACAAUACCUCUGAAUUCUCUGCACUCUCUCAGAAAUAUCAAGAACUGGUCUCUGAGAAUGAUGGACUUUUAUUGGUCAACGAGAAUCUCUCAGCAGCUUGCGAAAGCCUCAAGUCUACCAUGGAAACUAUUGUCCAGGAGAAAGAAGCCUUUUCAUUCCAACUCAACUCUCUGAAGGAUUCUCAGACCGUCGAGUUGUCCGGAUGGAAGGCGAAGCAUGGAGAAUUAAAUAAAGAAUAUGAAUCUCUUCUACAAGCAUAUGAGAACAUUAGUGAUGAAAUUGGUAAAAUGAGGCAAGUGAUAGAAAUGAUAAAGAAAGAAAAACUCGAAGUUCUUCACAGAUUUCAUUCGGUGCAGGCAGAAAAUCACGAGUUAGAAAAACAAAUUCAUGAGACCAAUGAAGAGACUGACAAUUUAAGAGCAAAACUGAAAGCUAGGGAAACUGAGCUGCAGCAUUUGCAAAUGGAGGUAGAUGGGGAGGUGGAUCUAUUAAGAUCUGGAAUAGAGCAUAAACUGGAAGAACUCUCUCUUCACAAUCAACAGCUAAUGGAGAAAAAUAAAGAACUUCAAGACAACUUUGAAAGUGUAAAAUUGUGUUUAGAAAAUAAAGAAAGAGAAACCCAGAACCUCUUUGUUAAGGAAACCGAACUGGAUAAUUUGCAUAUGGAGCUAGACACGUACAAAGCUGAUAUGGAGAUUAAAAUGUCUGAACUGUUUUCUGAAAAAGACACAUUGAAUAGCAAGAUUUCAGAGUUAAGCAGAGAAAUUCUGGAGAAAGAGCAAAGUUUGGCCAAUAUUUCUAAAGAGAAAUCUGAAUUGCUGGAGAAACUGAGCAAGACAGAAAUCUCCAUGACUGAGGAAAAGAGCAUUCUUCUAAAAUUAGAGAGGGACAUCGAUAGUCUUCAUCUAGAAAAGUUGAACCUCAAUGAAAAAGUAAAAAUCUUGGAAGAUGAUAAGGCCCUUCUGCAAGAAGAGAUUGAAAAUAUCCAGGAACAGUUUGACAAGGUCAAAAACGAGCGGGAAAUUUUGGAGACCGAAUUGCUUAAAUCACGAAAUAAUAACAGUCACUUGUCAGAGAAAUUCAAGUCGCUACAAGCGCAAACAAAUGUUCUCAGUCAACAGGUUGAGUUUCUAAGAGCAGAGAAAAACAACAUAAUGAGAGUUAAAGAAGAACAUCAAUUGCAGCUUCUUAGAGAACUUGAAGAAAGAGUAAAAUUUGCUCAGGAUGACAAUAGGGGGACAAAAAGCAAAUCCAAAGAGUUGCAAGAACUGUUAAGAGAGAAACAACACGAAAUUAAUCAGCUGCAGAAGGACUCUAUAAUUUUUCAAGAACUGAUAUUCGAUCUGGAGGAAUCCUUGAAGGAAUCCAAUAAUUGCCUUGAAGAUCUAAAGAAAGAACUUGCCAAUACAGAGACAAAACUAACCACUGCAAGUAAAGAUGCGCUGUCUUUCAGAGAGGAACUCUCGGUGAAGGAGCAUUUGUUGCAAAGUGCAAUGGAUCAGAUUGAAUCACUUACUGAACAGCUUAGCCGUUUUAGCCCUGCACUUGGAAAGAGUGAAAUGGGUAGAGAAGUGGCUGAAUUAUCUGUUACAGCCAACGGUAAUCAAAGGGAAUCACUUGAUAUGAAAGAAAGAUCUAACCUACAUAGGGAUUUUGGCGAGAAUAGAUUAUCCAUUAAAAACAUUAAUUCAAACGACUUAAAUAAUGUCAGCAAAAGUAAUGGUCUUUUUAAGAAUGUGCUUCAGGAAGGUGGGGUGGUGCUUCAGCAGAACCAGAUGGCCAGUCUGUUAGUUGGGAACGUCGACGAUGUAGAGAAUGAGUUGAAAACAAUCCAGACAAAAUUGAUGCAGAGAGAGGAAGAUAUGGAAAAAGUUAUUUCUGAGCAGGAAAGACUGAAGGCUAGUUUAGAAAAGCAGCUGGCCAUUUCUAGGCACAUGAAAGAGAUUAUAGACAACAAAGAUGCAGAAAUUUCAGUGUUGCUUUCCUCCAAAGACGGUGAACUGUCCAAUUACUUAUCACAAGUACAAAGUCAGCACAGGAAGCAGGUAGAAGAUUACGAGCUACGGCUGAGCUCCUUCCAGAUAGAGAAGGAAAAGGCAAAUAAAGAAUACAAGAUGGUAGAUAGAGAAUUGAAAAGGCUCCAAGGAGAAUAUGAAAAGGCUAUACAGGACAAGACUUUGAUUUCUAAUGAAAUUGAGGCCUUUAGAAAAUCUAUGUCUUCACUUCAAACCGAUCGAGACCUGCUGUGCUCGGAAUUAAAGGAUAUGCAUCAUCACCAUGAGAUUCUACUUAACCAGAAAGAUGGCAUGAUUAUUUCCACAGCUAGCGAAAACAAUUCCCUGAAACAAGAGCUCAGGAUGGCGCUUAAUCAAUUAGAUGACCUUAACGCAGAAAAUGCCAUGUUGGGAGCACAGCUGGUCAGGUACAGGGAGGAUCUGAACCAAGUAUUGUCCAUGAAAGACCAUCAACUAAGAGAAAUAUUGAGACAAAAACUCGACCACAUCAAAAACUUGGAACAAGAAAUCUGCAACCUCCGGAAGCAAAGCAGAGAGAUGCAAAGUAACAAUUCAUUGCUUAAGCAGGCGGCUGACACAUUGGGCGCGGAAAACCAGAAGUUAAAAUCUAAAGUAAGAGAUCAGGAAACACUCAUUGCUGCAAUAAACAAAGAUAAAAUAUUUGUAGAAUCCAAAGAAAACCUCAGCUCUAUUCUGGACGAAGAACAAUCUGGGAACAAUAUUUUACAGCUACAGAACGGAUCCAAUAGUCAGGCUGGGGUAAAGCAAAAUGUAUAUUACAAGGACACUAAUGAAACGAACGCUGGCCAUUCAGAGACAGGAGAAAUGUCUGAUAAAUCUUCUGAGGACAUUUACAAAGAAAACAAAGAACUUAAAUCUCAGAAUGAAUCAUUUGGAAAGGCAAUGGCUGCGCUACAGAAUAACAGAGACUCUUUGAUUGAAGACUUUAAAGUACUGCAGUGGAGAUACGCCGGCGAGCUGAAAGCAGAAAAGAUACGAGGAGAUGACCUUGAAAGACAGCUGGGCGACUUUAAAUCCCAUCUUUACAGUAUACUGAAAAAGAACUCCCUCCUCGACGAGACUCUUCUUGCCAAUGAAAGCAAAGUGACUUGCGACCAGCUGACAGAUGAAAUGGAGUCUGUCUGUAAUAGAGUAGCAAGCAUGGUUUUGGAGGUCAACAGACUUUCCUCUGAGUGUACAAGUUAUACUCAGCAGAUUGAUGCCUUUUCAAAAGCCAUGGCAAGCCUCCAGCACGACAGAGAGAGAUUACUCCAUCAGCUCCAGGUAGGAGCCAUAGUCCGGGAUGUUAAACAAGGUACAGCUUCCACUAAAGUGCCUUCAAAUGUACAGGAGACAGAAUACUUGACUAUGGAUCUGUCCCGUUCCCAAACUGAUACAGUGACACAGGUAACAGACUCUCUCAGCAACUUGACAAGUGAAUUAUCAAAGUCAAGACCAAAGAUGGAAGAGUUGGAGAGAUUACUGCAAGAAGCAAAUAUUUUACAGGAAAAAGCAGAGCGAGAGAUUACUUCCUACCAGUAUGAACUUGCAGAGUUAAGGUCUGAGAAGAAUCUUCUUGCAAAAGAAGCCCAAGUACUACGCCAGCAAUUCACUGUGAGCCUUGCAGACAGAGACCGUCAAAUUGCAGUACUGCGCAAAACCUUAAAUGAAACAUUGCCUUUAGAUAGUUCUCAUGGGGCAAAGCAGAAUUUGGAGAGAAUUACCGUAUUGGGAAGUGCAACUGCAACAGAAAAAGUGAGUACUCUAUCAGAUGAUCAGGGACCACAAAAGAAUGACUAUCAGCAGCACCAGCAAAGUAUACAACAGAAGGAUCGACUCAUACAGGAGUUAAACGCUAAAGCAGUGGAAGCAGUACAGAUGAACGCUGUGCUGUCAGCUCAGCUAAAGACGGUGUCACAAGGUCUGAGAGAUACCCAGAUGAGAUAUAGUGACCUGCAGAACCAGCACUACAAGCUUCAGGGAGACCUUCAGAGUGUGCGGGUUACUAACCAGAAUGACUCGCGAGCAGCGGUUCCCUCCGAUGCCCCCCAGGAGGGAGCAAAUCUUCCUGCGCAAAUUGAUAAUCCCGAACUGGCUGACCUGCAGAGAAGGCUCGCCAACACGGAGCUCCUUUAUGAAUCUACCCAGCGAGAGCUGUCUCACCUGUCUGAGAGAUUAUUGGAGGAGAAGACCCAGAGGGAAGCGGCAGAAGAGGCCUUGACCCUGGCCGAGCAACAGUGCGAAAGGCUAGAUGGGAAGACUUCUUCCAGAGAUUUUGAUUUCUCAAUCCAGAUGGAUUCUGAUGACGAGCGAGAAGCCUUAAUCAUUGAUCCGACUCAGAAUAUAGUGCUACGCAAGAUGAGAGGAGGAGCUGUUUCAUUACGGAGAUGGUUGCGAGGUCGAAGCCUGUACUGUUCGAAGCUGCUGACCUCCCGGUCCAAAUCUCGCACCCUGUUUCUGUGCUAUCUACUCAUUCUGCACGCAUUAGUCCUCAUGUGCCUGACCGGUGUUUUAUAGCAGGGAAAUCCUAUCCCCAGCCUCAACGUUAUGGAUAUUACUAUACCGGAGGUUUCUCUAGCUGCUCACGGGUUACGAUUUGCAAGACUAAUCUUCUACUAACCCUUUAUUUAAGAAAGAAAAAAAAAAAACAUUUAAAAAGUAUUUUUUAUAACCUGCAAAGGAAAAAGCAGAGUGCUGGAUGCAAGAGCAAGAUGAUUGUUGGAAUAUCACUACUGAUUUUUAAAGGUAUACAGGGUUUUGGAGUGCAAGAGCAGGGCAUUGUGGGCAAUAAACUUGCCCGUUCAAUCAGAAUGUUAUUGGAACUCCUCUGCCAUUCGCUAUGAUGCUCCUGUAGACUGGCUAAUGUGUAUAUUUAAAGCCCAUACACUCCUCCUCAGCCUCCGUAUAUAGCUGCUUUCUAUACCUGUCAUUGGGUAUGGCUGUAUAUAUUUCACUACAGUGUGUGAACCUUUAACCCAUAGAGGCCCUUCUGGUCCAUUGUGGGUUAAUAUAGAGAAGGGAUAGGCAACCCCUGGCACUGUGGGUACAACAAACUACACUUCCCAUAAUGCCCAGCUUGCCACCUAAAGGGUGGUAAUUAUAAUGCACAGUAUUUGGGAGUGCUAGGGGUUGCCUAGACCCGAUACAUAAAACUGUUCUGUAUAUCACGGUUGUUCUAUAAUAGAGAAUAUAUUAUAUUUGCUAAAGAGAUUCAGACUGUAUAGAAAUUGCCGCUUUCAGAUGUUUUAUUGAGGACUUAUUACUUGAAUCAGUGUAAAUGAACGUUCUUUUUCUAUCAAAAAGUUAUUUUACCAGUUUAUUUAAUCUCCCUUUAGAGACUCUUCUCAGCUUCUUGGUGUGUGGCAGAGAAACUCAAAAGUGCAAUAAAUUAAUAUAAUAUUGAUUUGUUGGUUUCCCACCUUAAAAUAAAAACUUUAAACAACCUUA